UCCCGCCCGGAAUGCUGCGUGCGCUCCGCGCGGGACCCCCGAGAGCUCGGAGCCCCCUGCCCUCCCGGAGCGGGGAUGGAGCGCCGCAGUGACCCGGGGUGGAGUGACACAGCUGCCAGCUCCAGCUGUGCCUUCCACAGCUCCCAGCUGUUGCAGUUCCUCUCCCCUGUCUGCUUCGUCUGCCGCCUCCCGCGGCGCGGGGACAGCCAGGGGCAGAUUGCAGCGGCCAGGCCGGGAGGGCAGCGGUGGGAUGGGAGCGAGCGGCAGGGGCUGUGCCGGCGCUGCUGCGGGAAUCAGGCGGGCUGCAGCCGGGAGAGCGCUCGGGCCUUCGAGGAACCGCUCCAGGAAUCUUCUCCGUGGCGCUUUGGCCCGGGGCAGGGCCGGGCUGAGGAGAUGGGCAUCGGUGGUUUGGGGUUGUGGCCGCUCCCAAACCUGGUCUGGGGCUGGGAAAAACUCCUGAUUCACGGGUCACGCUGGGCUGCUGAGCCGUGGGAUUACAUUCCUGGCUGGGAUGAUUGUGGAUCAGGGUUCUGCUGGGCUGCUGAGCCGUGGGAUUGCAUUCCUGGCUGGAAUGACUCUGCAUCGGGGUUCUGCUGGGUUGCUGAGCCGUGGGAUUGCAUUCCUGGCUGGAAUGACUCUGGAUCAGGGUUCUGCUGGGUUGCUGAGCCGUGGGAUUGCAUUCCUGGCUGGAAUGACCGUGGAUCGGGGUUCUGCUGGGUUGCUGAGCCGUGGGAUUGCAUUCCUGGCUGGAAUGACUCUGGAUUAACGAGGUGGGUCUGCAGGCAGGGGCAGUCUCGGGGCAGGUGGUGCCCGGAGGAGUUUUGUCUGGCACAGCCAUGGAAAGCGGCGUGUGGUCAGGAUACACAAGGCAAUCAUACAGAGACAGAGAUUUCGCAGGGCAGAGAUGUUCCUCCGAGAGAGCCCAAGGCUGAGCCAAGCCCAGAGCCCAUCUGCCUGUUUAUUUAUUACUUUUUAUACAUUUUUGGGUCUGGCUGUGGAUUGGCUUCUGGAGUUUUCACCUCCCAGCCGAAUGGCCAGACCAACUGUCAGUUACAGUUGUUUUCAGGUGAGAAAUGUGCAAACAAAGGACAGAGAAUGAAGAACAAAGGAUUUGUUUCUGUUACAUGUAUGAGAAAAGGCAAAAACUGCUCCUAUUAUUGUACAGAAACUAAAAAGUCUGACUCCAUCUUAUGAACAAUCAAAAGGUUUUAAAAACUCAGAAAAACCAGGGUGACACACGGAGACGAGAGAUAUCGCAGGGCAGAGAGUUCCUCCGAGAGAGCCCAAGGCUGAGCCAAGCCCAGAGCCCCUCUGCCUGUUUAUUUCUUACUUUUUGUACAUUUGUGGGUCUGGCUUUUUGAGUUAUCACCUCUCAGGCAACUGGCCGGACCAGCCGUCAGUUACAAUUGCUUUCAGGUUAGAAAUAUGCAAACAAAGGACAGGGAAUGAAAAACAAAGGAUUUGUUUAUGUUACAUCUGUGGGAAAAAGGUAGAAACUGCUCCUAAUAUUGUACAGUAGCUAAAAAGUCUGACUCCAUCUUAUGAACAAUCAAAAGGCUUUAAAAACCUCAAAAACCAAGGUGACAUCAGCGCUCCCGAGGCGCCUUUUCCUCUGGAAUCUGCACAGCAGGGCAGGAAUUCCACACGGAGGAGCGGGGUUCCCGCACAGCCAGGUCUCUUCCUGGGCUGGAACUGUGAAUAUUUACCCGGACAAGACGGGUUUUCAGGCCAGGCUGGUUCCGUCCUGCCCCUCUGUGGCACCCCCCGAUGCCGCAUUCCCGCUGCAGGCGCGUGCUCCCGGCUCUGCCGCCCUCCCCAGCUGGCUGGAAAAUGCUUGGGAGCUUUUCUGCAGUGGGAGGGAGAGCGGUGGCAGUGCCAGGCGCCCGGGACGCCGUCAGAGGUGUCAUUCCAGCCGUUUGUUGGGCUAUUUUUGGUCCCUCCUCUCUCCUUUGGGAGGGCACGAGGGGAAGGAGCUCGUGCCUGGGGGAAGAGGGGUCACAUUCCCGAAUUCCGGGCAUGAUCCGGGCGGUUUUUAUUCCCUUUUCGUGAGGAGAGGCUGUUGGAGCUGGGCCUGUUUGUCCCAGAGAUGAGGAUCCUGUCAAUCCUUACGAAUAUUUCCAGGGGGUGUCAGGGGCUGGUCCAUCAGGGGACGAUCCCAGACUCUUCCCGGUGGUGCCCAGAGACAGGACAAGGAGCAGCAGCCACAAAUGGAAACACAAAAACUCCAGCUGAACGUUUGGGAAAGGUUCUUUCCCGGGGGUGGAACUCCUGCUUUUAGAGGGAAUGGAGUUGGAGGGAGGUUUGUGAGCGUUUUGUGGGUCGGCUGUCGCUCGGAGCCACGCCGUGACCUCCGAGGGUUUGAAAGGAAGGACGGGAUCAGCCUGGAUUCCAGGUUUUAGGGGGAAAAGGGGCGCUGGGCACCUCCUCUGACAACUGUUCCUGUGAGCAGCGGCACACCUGGGGCUUUGCUGCAGCUUGGAUCCGUCCUGUGCCCUCCCAGCGCAGGAAGGAAGGACCAGGCCAGGCUUUUAGGGACAAAAAAGGUUGGACAGUGCCCGGGGAGUCCCAGACCCCGCUGGACACAUUCCGGCGUCGUGAUCGGGAGACGCAGAGCAAUCGCACGGAGUCGAGAUUUCCGCAGGGCAGAGAGUUCCUCCGGGAGAGCCAAAGCUGAGAACCAAAGCAGAGAACCCUCUGCCUGUUUAUUUCUUACUUUUUAUACAUUUGUGGGUCUGGCUGUGGAUUGGCUUCUGGAGUUUUCACCUCCCAGCCGAAUGGCCAGACCAGCUGUCAGUUACAAUUGUUUUCAGGUUAGAAAUGUGCAAACAAAGGACAGAGAAUGAAGAACAAAGGAUUUGUUUAUGUUACACGUGUGAGAAAAGGCAAAACCUGCUCCUAUUAUUGUACAGAAACUAAAAAGUCUGACUCCAUCUUAUGAACAAUCAAAAGGUUUUAAAAACUCAGAAAAACCAGGGUGACACACAGAGACGAGAGAUUUUGCAGGGCAGAGAGUUCCUCCAAGAGAGCCCAAGGCUGAGCCAAGCCCAGAGCCCCUCUGCCUGGUUAUUUCUUACUUUUUGUACAUUCGUGGGUCUGGCUUUUUGAGUUAUCACCUCUCAGGCAACUGGCCGGACCAGCCGUCAGUUACAAUUGUUUUCAGGUUAGAAAUGUGCAAACAAAGGACAGAGAAUGAAGAACAAAGGAUUUGUUUAUGUUACAUGAGUGAGAAAAGGCAAAAACUGCUCCUAACGUUGUGCAGUAGCUAAAAAGGUCUGACUCCAUCUUAUGAACAAUCAAAAGGCUUUAAAAAACUCAGAAAAACCAAGGUGACACAGCGUCACCUGCUCCAGGGUUGGACUGGGCGGCUCCCAGAGAUCCCUUCCGUCCCUGCCGGCCCCGGGAAGCUGCAGCUUCAAUGUCACUUUUUGUUGUACUUUUAAAAUUUAUUUUACGCCUCUCUCGGCUCCCACCCCGUGCCGCUGAGCCCAGAGCGGAGCUGGACGCUCUCCCCUCCCCAGAUGGAAGCCUCAUUUCCUGCUGGGGAAAGGAGCUUUUUUAUGGUGUUGAUGGAAGCAGCUCCCGUGUUUGAUCCUCACUGAAGGUCAAAAACGUUGGGCCCCGGUGGCGAAUUCCGGCGUUUUUCUCCUCCGGGGUUUUGUGGGAUGGAUGAAGACCCUGGUGCAGUGGGAGCGGGGUUUUUGGGAAUCGGGUGGAUUGGGAAGAGGUUUUUUGGGACUCUGGCAGCUUGGGAAGAGGUUUUCCAGGACAGGUGAGGACAUCGAUAGAACAGUAAGGGAUUUUUUGGGAUGGGCGAGGUCUCUGGAGGGUCGGGAAGAGCCUUUCCAGGAUCAGUGAUGAGGUUUCCUGGGAUGGGUGAGGACCCUGGUGUGGUGAGACUUUUUGGGAUAAGUGAGGAUCCCAGAAGGUUGGGAAGCGCCUUUCCAGGAGGUUUUCUGGGAUGGAUGAGGACCUUGGUGUGGUGAGAAGAGACUUUUUUGGGAUAAGUGAGGAUCCCAGAAGGUUGGGAAGAAACAUUACAGGAGGUUUUCUGGGAUGGAUGAGGACCUUGGUGUGGUGAGAAGAGACUUUUUUGGGAUAAGUGAGGAUCCCAGAGGGUUGGGAAGAAACAUUACAGGAGGUUUUCUGGGAUUGCUGAGGAUCCUGGUGUGGUGAGAAGAAACUUUUUGGGAUAAGUGAGGAUCCCAGAAGGUUGGGAAGCACCUUUCCAGGAGGUUUUCUGGGAUGGAUGAGAACCCUGGUGUGGUGAGAAGAGAUUUUUUAGGAUAAGUGAGGAUCCCGGAGGGUUGGGAAGCGCAUUUCCAGGAUCAGUGAUGAGGUUUUCUGGGAUGGGUGAGGACCCUGGUGUGAUGGGAAGAGAUCUUUUGGGAUAAGUGAGGAUCCUGGAGGGUUGGGAAGCGCAUUUCCAGGAGGUUUCCUGGGAUGGGUGAGGACCCUGGCGGGUUGGGAAGAGGUUUUCCUAGACCCUGGUGGGUUGGGAAGGGGUUUUCCAAGACCCUGGCAUGUUGGG